AUGUCUGAAUCCCAUACAUCAGUGCAACUCCCUAUCUUAGACAUCUCCCAACCCUUACAACCUCCCUCUCUCACCUCUCUCACUAAAGCUUGCAAGGAAUGGGGAUUCUUCCACAUCACAAACCAUGGCAUAUCCAAACAACUCCAAAACAAGCUCUAUUCCAUCUCCAAGCACCUCUUCUCCAUCCCUUCACACACCAAAAUCCAGCUGGGCCCAUCAUCACAUCUCAAAACCUACACUCCCCAUUUCAUUGCCUCUCCUUUCUUUGAAAGCCUCCGAGUCUCCGGUCCCGACUUCUUCGCCUCCGCCAAGGCCUCCGCAGACGUCCUCUUCCACCCUCCCAAUCCCGAAUUCUGUAAAAUCUUGCAAGAAUAUGGAAGCAAGAUGAUGGAAUUAUCGAAAAGAAUCGCCUUGAUUCUCUUGAGUUGUUUGGGUGAUGGUCUUGAGAUGAAGUUCUACGAAUCGGAGUUCAAGAAUUGUAAUGGGUAUUUGAGGAUAAUCAACUACACCCCGCCGCAGAUGAUCGCCGAGGAAGAAGAGCUGGAAGGGCUUGGAAUGCAUACAGACAUGAGCUGUAUCACGAUAGUCAACCAAGAUGAGAUUGGUGGGCUCCAAGUGAGAUCAAAGGAAGGGAGUUGGAUGGACAUAAGGCCAUGUGAGGGGACUCUUGUGGUCAACAUUGGUGAUUUGUUGCAAGCUUGGAGCAAUGGACGGUUGAGAUCGUCCGAGCACCGGGUCGUCUUGAAGCGGCCGGUGAACCGCCUUUCACUCGCUUUCUUCUGGUGUUUUGAGGAUGAGAAGGUGAUUUGGGCACCUAAGGAAGUGGUGGGGGAAGGGAAUUCAAGGAUUUAUAGGCCAUUUGUUUGUGUGGAUUAUUUGAAGUUUAGAGAAAACUCUGAGAAAGGUAGGUUUGAGAAAGUCGGGUACACUAUAAAGGAUUUCGCUGCAGCCAUCACCACUGGAAGAUUGAAUGUGGAAUGAAUGAAGUGCCUCAUGGUUGAAAUUUGGAAGAGUGUUGGGUAUUGAUUCCUAUGAUUUCAUUAGAGGGAAAUGAUAUGGUGCAAUUCAUUUUUAACAUUUUAGUGUGUGAUUUGUGUUACCAGACAUUGAGACAAUCAGAUUGUUGAUCUAGACCAUUCAUCCAACCAGGCCCAUGUUGCAUUGGGCACUUCUCAAAAAAAAAACUGCUCAGAUCAGAUGAUCCUAAUUGCUGAUCUAUCAUUUGCAUCCACCCACUUGCACACUGCUGGUUGGAUGAUUAGGAUGGUAAAGUCAGUUCUGAUUCUAAAUUAUGGCUUAUAAAAGGUGGACCCCCAGAUGAACGGUCCAGAUCAAUGAUUGACUGUUGAAAUGUCAAAUAAUGAAAGUUGGACCAUAAUAUGGUGCACAUGAGUUGCACUGGAUCAUUCUCUCUUCAUUUGUUCCUGACUAUCUAGCCCUAGUUUUAUGUUGGAUUUUGUUACAGAGAGUGUUUCUGUGUGAUCUUAAUUUGGAAUGUGGUGAUGGUGAUGGAGUUGAAAAUAUGAAUGAACAAAGGUAGAAUAAAGAGAGGGAAGUCGGUGUUUUAAGAUGGAAGUUGGAGUAUGGUUAUUGCUUGUCUCUUGGAAGGGAAUUGGUAACAUUUUUUAACUGUAAGAAUUGUAAUAGA